AAAGACUUUAGAUGAGGAUGAGAUUGCUACAAUUUUAUCUGAUACUCUCAAAGGUUUGGAAUAUUUACAUUUAAGAAGAAAGAUACACAGGGAUAUUAAAGCUGGAAAUAUUUUAUUAAAUUCUGAAGGACACGCCAAACUUGCUGACUUUGGUGUGGCUGGACAAUUGACUGACACUAUGGCCAAAAGAAAUACUGUGAUUGGGACCCCAUUCUGGAUGGCACCAGAAGUGAUUCAGGAAAUAGGUUAUGAUUGUGUGGCAGACAUAUGGAGUCUCGGAAUAACUGCCUUAGAAAUGGCCGAAGGCAAGCCUCCUUAUGGUGAUAUUCAUCCUAUGAGAGCUAUAUUUAUGAUACCUACGAAACCUCCCCCCUCGUUUCGAGAACCCGACAAGUGGACCACCGAAUUUAUAGAUUUUGUUAGCAUUUGCUUGGUUAAAAACCCCGAAGAACGUGCUUCAGCCAGUGAUCUUCUUAACCACGAAUUUGUUAAAAAUGUCAAAUCAUCAAGUAUUCUAAACACAAUGAUACAAGAAGCUCAUGAGAUAAGAGAGAAUCAAAGCUACAAGAAUAUUCACACGAUAGCGAAUCUCCAAGGACUGAAUAAAAGUGUCAACGAAGAAUCUGAUGAAGACGUCGUUUUAGCGAAUCAGACGAUUGUUUCAUGCGCGGACGAAGGUACUUUAGUUCCUAGUAAGGGUGGUACGCUGAUACCUCUGUCACCCAGUGGCACUUUGGUAGAAAUAGAGUCUGAAUUAGGUACUAUGGUGAUAAACAGUGACGUGGAUGAUCAAACAAUGAAACGCCAUGACACCAAUUCACAAGGUGGAAAGAAGUACAGGCCAAUGUUUUUAGAACAUUUUGAUCGAAAGGAAGCUGAAGUUAAGGGAAAUGGGGUGUCUAGUCCUAUAACACUAGACACAAUUGACACUUCAACCGAACAACAAAAUUUUCAAAGUAACGUUCAGGUGAAGCUAGCAGAACCGCCUUCCCCGAUGCAGCAGGCUCAACCUAUAGAACAAAAACCCCAUUACCAUCAGCCUUUCACCGAUGGAGAUUUCGAAUUUUUAAAGUAUUUAAGUUUCGAAGAACUGCAACAAAGAAUGAACACUUUAGAUCUAGAUAUGGAGAGAGAGAUUGAUGAACUUCGCAAAAGGUAUCAGGUAAAAAGACAACCAAUUCUUGAUGCAAUGGACACAAAACGUAAGAGAUCACAGAACUUCUGAAGAUAUUCUUCUAUCGAUUGUUUUAGGGUGCUCAAAAAAGUUAUUUUAUACCUAUUUUGAUUGUACAGGGUGAAGCAAAGUUUUAUACGCAUUAUCAUUGAGAACUCAUCAAAAGAGAGAUAUUUUAAGAAGGUUUAUAUUAAGAGAGAAUAAGGUACUAAAGUUUUUAUUAUUAUUUUUUAAGGUAGUUUUAAAGAAUUUUUGACGAGUUCUUCAAAAUUUUGUUUAGUGUUUUAUUAAAGUUUUUU